AAUCAAAAAUGGCUGAAAUACCGACCGAAUAUGAAUUCCCUGUUUGGGGAUUAUUACCGAAAAAAGAGACGGGGGUUGUAUCAUUUUUGAACAAAUAUCCGAACUACGAUGGCAGAGGUACCAUAAUUGCUAUUUUAGAUUCUGGAGUUGACCCUGCAGCCGCAGGGCUUACGGUGACCUCGACAGGGGAGACAAAGGUAAUAGAAAGAUUUGACUGCAGUGGAUGUGGAGAUGUCGAUACUAGUACUGUUACUCGGAAAGUUGUCGACGGAUACAUUACCGGUAUUACUGGCAGAAAGCUUAAGAUACCUGAAACAUGGAAGAACCCGACAGGUGCGUGGCGUACUGGUGUUUUAUACCCAUUCAGUAUUUACCCAACCAAGUUAAAGGAGCGUGUUCAAGAGCAUCGCAAGGAGCACCUUUGGGAUAUUGGCUAUAAACAAGCAUUUGCUGAGGCUAAUGCAAAGCUCAAUGAAUUUGAGACUGAUGUUGCUUCAAAAAACUCCAAUUUAAGUCCUGAUGAGAAAAUUUUGAAAGAAGAGUUAGAGGCAAGAGUAGAAACCUUACAAGCGGCUGAAAAAAAAUUCAAUGAUGUUGGUCCCACAUAUGACUGUGUAUUAUUCCAUGAUGGAGAAGUAUGGAGAGCGUGCAUAGACACAUCAGAGAAUGGUGAUUUGGCCUCAGGGUUGUUGUUAGGCGAGUAUAGCGUCACACACGAGCAUGCGCACCUCACCGCAAUCGAUGAGAUGACUGUCAGCAUUAAUGUGCACGAUGAUGGACAGACUCUGGAAGUGGUCGGAAUGUGCUCCACGCACGGGACGCACGUGGCGGCGAUCGCGGCCGGCUACUUCCCGGAGCAGCCGGAGCGCAACGGCGUGGCGCCGGGCGCGCGCCUGGUGUCGCUGACCAUCGGCGACGGCCGCCUCGGCUCCAUGGAGACGGGCGCCGCGCUCGUGCGCGCCUGCCUGCGCCUCUGCGCGCUGGCGCCCACCGCGCGCCGCGUCGACGUCGUCAACAUGAGCUACGGCGAGCACGCGCACUGGGCCAACGCCGGGCGCGUGGGCGCGGUGAUCGCGGCGGCGGUGAACCGGUACGGCGUGUCGUGGGUGGUGUCGGCCGGCAACCACGGGCCCGCGCUCUGCACCGUGGGCGCGCCGCCCGACAUCGCGCAGCCCGUGCUCAUCGGCGUGGGAGCGUACGUGUCCGCGGAGAUGAUGUCUGCGGCGUACUCCAUGCGGGAGCACGUGCCGCCCGGCGCCUUCAGCUGGAGCUCGCGCGGGCCCUGCGCCGACGGGGCGCCCGGCCUGUCGCUGUGCGCGCCCGGCGGCGCCGUCGCCUCGGUCGCCAGAUUUACUCUUCGGAAUUGUCAACUUAUGAACGGUACUUCGAUGGCUGCGCCACACGUUGCUGGCGCCGUUGCGGCCUUAAUCUCCGGUCUGAAAGAGAAGCAGCUACCUUACUCACCAUAUUCAAUUAAGCGCGCGCUGGAGAACUCAGCCACCUUCCUCAGUCACGUAGAGCCCUGGGCUCAGGGCUGCGGCUUGCUCAACAUGGAGAAGGCUUUUGAGAAUUUGACAACAUACUACAAUCAACCAGAGCGAGACGUCACAUUCAACAUACAAUGUGGACCGUCCAACGCUAAAGGCAUUCUGCUGCGGCCUAAACCGGACGAUCCGCCUAAGGAAAUAGGCGUCACAGUCGAACCACAAUUCCUGCAGGAUUACAAGGAUAAGGAGAACAAGUCGGUCAUUCCCAAGCAGAUCGCGUUCAGCUUGCGGCUGGCGCUGGCGUGCAGCAGCGGCUGGGUGUCAGCGCCCGCGCACCUCGAGCUCAUGCACGCGCCGCGGACACUCGCCCUGCGGAUACACACCGCCGCGCUGCCGCCGGGCCCGCACCACGCCAGUAUCAAUGCGUACGACGUUACGUGCGUGGAGAAGGGCCCUGUAUACCGCUUGUGGAUCACUGUAUUUCAGCCACAGCCACUAGAGAUGUCAGGGCCCGCUUACCCAUUCUUUUCCGAAAAGGAUGUUCUCUUCAAACCCGCCACUAUACGACGACACUUCGUUAUGGUGCCGGCGGAGGCGACGUGGGCAGUGGUGCGGCUGAGCACGAGCGAGCGCGCGCGGUCGGGGCGCUUCCUGCUGCACUGCGUGCAGCUGCUGCCGCAGCGCAGCUGCCGCGCGCACGAGGCGCACCGCAUGCUCUCGCUCGCCGCCGACGCGCCCGCGCUCAUGCCGCUGCAGCUAGUCGGUGGAGUGAUGCUCGAGGUUGUAAUAGCAAAGUACUGGGCGAACAUAGGCGACAUGGUGAUAGACUACACAGUGGAGUUCCACGGACUGAAACCGGACUUCGGCUCGCAGCUUUGGAUGGGUGGCGCUCAAACGCUGGGCAGCGUGCUACUGUCAGCCCUGAGGCUGGAAGAAGUACAGCCCGUCGCACAGCUUAAGCAUAGCGAGCCAGUGUACAGGCCAGCAGAAUCAAAAAUCGUGCCGUUAACCGCUCGGGAUGUGAUACCGCCGGGUAGACAGAUAUAUCAAUUAAUCAACACAUAUAACUUCCACAUAGCGAAGGCGACCGAGGUGUCACCGAUAGUGUCGCUGCUAUGCGACAUGCUGUACGAAUCGGAGUACGAGUCGCAGAUGUGGAUGCUGUACAACAGUUGCAAGCAGCUCAUGGCCGUAGGCGACGCGUAUCCCUCUAAGUACUCGGUGAAGCUGGAGAAGGGCGAGUACGUGUUGCGGUUAAACGUGCGGCAUGACAACCGCGCGCUGCUGGAGCGGCUGCAGGAGCUGCCCGUCGCGCUGCAGCAGCGCCUGCCGCAGCCCAUCGCGCUCGACGUGUACUGCGAGCACGCGCAGGCGUUAACAGGAGGGAAGAAGUUCACGUCAGCGUCGUUGGCUAGCGGCAACCUCUUGCCUCUCUACUUCGCAUCUGUGCCGGCUGAUAAGUUAAGCCGGUCGGGGCUGACGGUGGGGCAGACGCUGUCGGGCACGGUGACGUUCGCGAAGGACGAGCUGGGGCGGCGCGCCGACGUGUACGCGCUGCGCCUGGCGCCCUGCGAGCCGCCGCGCCGCGCGCCCGCGCCGCGCCGCACCGAGGACUACGCCGACGCGCACAGGGACCUCGCCGCCAGCUGGCUGCCCAAGCUAGAAGGAGAUAAAUUGGAGCAAUUGUAUGAAGAAUUGUUAGAGAAGUAUCCGGAAUAUCUCGGCGCUCACGUUGCUUACUUGAACAGCGUGGAUCCACCUACAGAUCCUAAAAAGCUACCUCAUGCCACAGAAGAUCCUGACGUAACGACAGCGUGGUGCGAACAGCUAAUUACAAUCGCUGACAAGGUAAUCAAACAAAUAGACCAGGAUAAAUUGCUGGCGUAUUUGGGUAUGAAGAACGACUUGAGGAGCGACGCCAACAAAAUUAAACAGGAGCAGGAGCGGCUGCGCGGGUGGGCGGUGGAGGCGCUGUGCCGGCGCGGCGCGGCGCUGUGCCGCCUGCACGCGCUCGCGCAGCCCGGCGCCGCGCGCGACCGCCUGGCGCUGGCGCUGCGCGACAACCUGGCCGACCUGCUGCGCCUCGCCGACCUCAGCGACGCCAAGGUGAUGCAUUACGGCGUAUGGCACUGCUUCACGAUGAAGCACUGGGGCCGCGCGAUCAAACUGCUCAACAAGAUCCAGGAGGAGAGACCCUCCAAAGAGGUCGAGGAGAGAUUAGUUGAAGCCUACCGCCAGUUGGGAUGGAACUUCCUGGCGGACUUCACCACUUCAGCCUUGCCCAUCAAGUAUCCGGCCACGUACAGACCUUUCUAAAUAAGAACUACCAUGCUCUUACUUCCAUAUUUAAAUAGUCUAAUAAAAUACCAUUUUUAAGAAAUCAACUCUUCUGACUUUCUUUACAUUGUCGAUUAUAUUUAAAUUGUAAUUUUCGUUUUGUAUAUUUACUUUCAUAGGUUAUUAUUUCUUUUCAAUGAAAUAUGUUAGGGAUACAAUGUUGUGAAAAAAUGUGUUAUUAUUAAGUUACAAUAAGAAUCAGUUAAAAUGCAAUCUUAUUGUACUAUGUUUUAAAGUUCUAUUUUGUUUCACCUCGAAACUAAUAACUGUCGCAGUAAUAGCUGUGAUUACAUUACUCGUAUAUCCAUGGUUUCACUCCCAUGGUAUGAGAGUCCGAAUAAGUUUUUGACGGCUGUUGCUUUCAUGUUACAGAUACUUCUAUAUAACAAAUGUAUGUAACCUCAUUAAACGAAUUUAUUUUUCUCACAUUUAUUGUCAAGUGACGCUGGCCUAGUAUAAUAACACCUGAAAUAUUUUCCAAGUAACAUUACGAAUGAAUCCUUCGUGUCUGUUAAAUAACAUUUUAUGUGAAUUUUAUAUUUGAUGACAUUUAUUACAAAUACAAUCUAUUAGACCUUAUUUUAAUAUACAUUGAAUUGCAAUUCGCUUGUUACGUCUAUUAAGUACAUUUUCUGUGACGAUGUAAACUGUAAAAUUAUAAAUUCCUUUCAAUCAUUUAUUACUUUAAAUUAUGAAAUUUGUACUUAUUUUAAAGUUAAAAUGAUGUCUUUAAAUAGGUAGCAUUUAAUAAAUAAUUGAACAUAGAAACCGUUUAGAGAUUCAAAAAGUCGAUCCCUCGGGCGAAUACAAACAAGAGGACUCAAACACUAUAAUAUACAGGUUGGUCUCGGGUUAUAUACAUUAAAUAACACGUCUAACUUUAUACAGCGUGUUUUUAUUGUACACGAAAAUCAAUUGAGUAUAUAUUUAUUAGUUUAAGCAAUUAAUAUUUAACUAAUUUUUACACAUGAUGCAGAUAAAGAACUUAUCAGCAGAUAAAGUUCACCAAAUUGGGUCUAUAGCAAAGAUCGGGCGGUCUUGAAGGUUUUAAAAUAGGUUUAAAAAUUUUGUUAUUUUUUCAAAUUUAUUUUGUUUUUUUUUUUUUUAAUUUGACUAAGUAAAAAUUUACAAAUUUUGAAAUACAUUAAGAAACUAGUCACGACCGAGUCCUCAUUUAUUCUAUGAUAUUGAUAAGACUUCUCAUUCUGUAUAUGUAUUAAUCUUUAAAUAUAAAAAUUACGUGUCACGUUGUUUGUCCGCGAUGAACUUCCUAAACUAAUGAACUGAUUGCAAUGAAAUUUUGCACACUGUGUGCAUUUUGGUCCAACUUGAGAGAUAGGAUAGUUUUUAUCCCGAUAAAUGAUCCUCAAAAUUUUUUAUUGUGAAUUUAAGGAUUUUUCGUCGUCGGAAAGGGCAGAACACCGUCUGCCUGGCGAUCUAGUUAGUAUAAUAUAGAGAAUUACCGAUCUUUGCAAAUAUAUCUCAUUAUUGAACUUCAACAGUUAGCUGGAAGAUCUGUAAUAAUUACUUUAUGUACUUAGAAUAUUCUUAUCCUUUAACUUUACAACCUAUCAAAAGUCUACUGCUGAACGCGCUGAAAGCGGGUUGACAACCUCAUUUUUCAUUCAGCUGUUAUCAUGAAGACGCCGCUGUCAAACUCCUGGCUCAGUUUACGACUCUCACGACACUGGUGGGAUGAUAUCGGGUAGUAAAUAUUCUUACACCGCCGGUUACCGGUAUUAUCGAUAGAUGCUUAUUAGUAAAUCGCGUAUUUAAAUAUCGGAUUACGGCAAUAUGGUGGUUGUCGGUCCUCUUGUUUGUUAUCUGUCAGAUAUCUGACUUUGUAGCUAGUUCAAUGUUUUAAGUAGACCGGGUGAAGGCAAUUGUACAGAUGAGUAUUUAAGGGUGCGUAUAGAUCAAGUAACAUGUUGUAUAACUUUUGUUUUAUAACACGUCCACAUUAUGUAACAUUGUUUUUCAACAUUGCAACAUAUAACAAUACUGUAUACUUUAGAAUAACAUUGCAAUAUAACAAUGUUAUAUGACAUUGUCGUUUAUCGUUCUGCAGUCCGAGUUAUAUAACAUUUGUGCCACGUUAUAUAACACAUUUCAUAACAUUCAGCCUCCACAUUACUGAAACAUGUUAUAUAACGUUUUAUAACCUGUUAUGUUAUAUAAUGUGUACGAACCGUAACAUUUUCACCGUGUUUAAUAUUAUAUUGUAUUGUGUUUUAAAUAGUUUUUUUAAGAGCAAACAUUACGUUCUUGAACACAAGUUCACUAAUACGUUAAAAAAGGUAAUUUUACAUACUAUACUUUUAAGCUUGCCUGUUACGAAUCCACUUAUGUAUUCGAUUUAUCUGAUCUUGUAUAAUUGUCUUCGCUUAAGGCUGCAGUUUUCGUAUUAUGUAUGGAAGCUGUUCUCGAAGCAGCUUUGUUAAGUACACUCUACUGUUGUUGUUUUAGUGAUCGUAUCUUUUUGCUCUAUGUUAUUUAAAAAAAAAUUGUACAAAAUUUCAAUCUUCAAAACAAUUGUACAAAAUCAUACAUAAGCUUGAGGAUAGUCUUCUAUAAGUGCUUUCACUAAUCUAAGAUAAGAAUUGUCAACGUAAAAUAUUUUCUAUGUAUG